UCCUCCACACAGCACACUACCAUGGUCAGAUGGGCUGCUGGAGGGAGUAAGGCGGCCUCUGCCUCGUUCUGCUCCGGGGCCCGGUUGGGAGCUCACAGAGGGGCCGGCUCCAGGGUGAGUUCGCCAUCCUCAUCCUCAUCCUCAUCCUCCUCCUCCUCUCUCCUGCUCGCCCUGGUGGUCUUGUCCCUCUCCCUCCCCGGUGUCGCGUGCGGGCGCCAGCUCCGGAGGGACCAGCGGCCGACGCCGCCGGCCGUCCCGUGCGCCCACCGGCCGCAGCCGAACGCCUCCGAGACCGCCGACGCCGCCGCGGGCCGGACAGGGGGGCCGCAGGGGCGGCGUGUGCGCAGCUACAACCACCUGCAAGGGGACAUACGGAGGAGGAAGCUGUUCUCCUUCCAGAAGUUUUUCCUGAGGAUUGAUAGGAAUGGACAGGUCAAUGGCACCAAGAGCAAGGACGACCCCCUUAGUAUUUUGGAAAUCACAUCGGUGGACGUGGGGGUUGUGGCCAUCAAGGGGCUGAGCAGUAACUACUAUCUGGCUAUCAGCAAGAAGGGAGAGCUUUAUGGAGCGAGGGAGUUUGGCAUCGACUGCACCUUGAAGGAGCGCAUCGAGGAGAAUGGCUACAACACGUACGCCUCGUCCGAGUGGAGGAACAAGAAGAGGCAGAUGUUCGUGGGCCUGAACGUCCACGGACGGCCACUGCGAGGGAGGAAGACCCGCAGGAAGAACACAUCCACCCAUUUUCUCCCCAUCAUGGUCUGA